AUGUCCACCACUCCCCUCCAAAAAGAUAAAAUUUCAAUCCGCCGCGCGCAUGAAGAAGACAUCCCGAGGAUAAACACCAUUGAAACCUCCGCCGCACAGCUCUUCCGUACCGUCAAUCUCGCCUGGAUCGCCGACUCCCCCCCCCUUGACCCGGGAACGCUGCGCUCCAUGAUCGCGCAGCAGAACCUGUGGGUCGCAGUGACCUCGGACAACACAGCAGUAGGCUUUAUCGCCGUGCAAGUCCUAGACGGAAUGUUGUACAUCGCCGAGAUGGAUGUCCAUGAAGACUGGCAGAGGAAGGGUAUUGCUCGGAUGAUGCUUGAGGAGGUGGAAAGGCAGGCGAGAGACAGGGGAUAUGAGUAUGUCUCUCUCACAACGUAUCGGGAUUUGAUGUUUAAUGGACGGUUCUAUGCGAGGAUGGGGUUUGAGGAGGUGGAUGUGGACAUCGCUGGCGAGGGACAUGGACGGGAGUUAGACGAGCAGGCGCGGAGCGGUCAUGAUAGGUCCAGGAGAUGUGUGAUGCGGAAGAGAGUCGCAGUGUAG